GUGGAGAGAGAGUGAGAGUAGUGAGAGCGAGUAGCGAGGAAAAACCUUAAUCAUUUUCAUUCAUUUUGGGAAAAGCUGGAGAAUCGAUAUGUGUGACACUCGGUCGAUUGGGGAUAUGCAGGAAGUUUUCGUUGCAUUAAUUUUCGGUGUUGGGCAGGAAAAUGUGAAAAGCUAUCGAUUUUGAAAUUUGUGUUUGUGUGCUAAAUCUGAAUAUAAACGGAGCGGUUAAAUUUAUGUAAAGGUAUUCAAGGAAAAAGCGUGUUUUUCCUCGCCAAUAAUUGGUUCAGUCGAAAUUGUGUCGCGAAAAGGGCAAGAGCAGAAAAAAGCACAUAUUGAUUAGAGUGAACGGCAGGAUUUCGGAUCUUGUCACAUUAUCAGUAGCAGUGAGCGUUUCUAACUGUGCUACAAAAUAAUCACCCCAGUCUAUUCAAUAUAACUUAUAAUAGUUGCUGUUCUUCGUAACAGUUUCGACGAUUACAAAAUGCAGCCACCCCCUCGUAAAGGCAACUAUACCAAAUUUCUCAAGAAUCUUCAUUCGGAACAAUUAGCCAAACUAGCUCUUAAAAAUCAAAAUGAAUGCGAACUACUCGAGGAUAUACGGCAAUUCACACUCAAGCGCUCGGCCAUCGAAAAGUCGUACAGCGAAGCACUGUUGAAAAUCUCAUCGGCUUAUCUCAACAAGAAACAGGCAUGCAUACCGGAAAUAAAAAUGGAUGGAGCCGAGGAGAAAUGGAACAUGUGGAGCGUUUGGCAGACUGUGCUGGAGGAGAACGAGAAAUUGGCCCGAGCACGGCUUGCGGCCGUCGAGGUGUUCCAGCAGCAAAUUGCAGACGAAGCAAAGUUGCUGCGCAGUGGGAAAUUGGCGAGUAGCAAAAAAUGCAUCGAACAUCUGGCUGUGGUUCAGAAAGAACUUCAAUCGUCGGUACAGGAUGUGGAUAAAACUAAGAAGUGUUACUUCGAUGAAGAGCAUUGCGCACACGAUGUGCGGGAUAAGGCACGAGAUAUAGAGGAAAAGUUGAAAAAGAAAAAAGGUUCAUUCUUCCAAUCGAUAACGUCACUGCAGAAGAAUAGUGCCCGAGUGACAUCCCGGAAGGAGCAACUCGAGGAGAAGUCCUCUGGAGCACGAAACGAUUAUAUUCUGAGUUUGGCUUCAGCCAACGCGCAUCAGAACCAUUAUUUUACGAUCGAUCUUCAAACAGCCAUGGCCACCAUGGAAAAUUAUGUGUACGAGCGGGUAGCUGAUUAUCUAGCGUUAAUAGGCCGCACUGAGCUACUGACUUGUUCGGCUACACAAAACUCAUUUGGGAAAAUUCGAGACCAGGCACAACAGUUGACGCGUGAGUACAAUCUACAGUGUUGUUAUCUAUAUUAUCCGGUCUUGAAGCAACACAUCCAGUACGAGUUUGAACCAUGUGAUAACGAUCCGGUCAGAACGAUCACCGCUGAGCAUGAAUCUGCAGCUGAAACAUUGAAUAGAGAGGGUAAACGCUGGGCCGGACGCGUCGCUCGUGAGAAUAACGUGGUUAGGGAAAAUGCACGCAAGCUGGCCAUUUGCACGGCUCUUCGUGAAGCGGGUCACCGCACGGAUCCUAAUGAUCAGAACGGACCGGAUUUGGAAACAAAGAUUGAAGAUUUCCGUGAGAACAUUCGUAAAGCAGAAACUGCGAAAGCGAAAUCCGAAGCCCGGCUGGAAUGUUUGAGAUGUGGUGGUAUUAACGUGGACGAGUGGCUCCAGGAGGCCGAAACACUUAGUGUCCAAGAGAUGCCUCGUUCAGCUAGCUCAUUAUCAAUGCGUACCGACGCUUCUGGACAAGGGGAGAACCCAAGCUCCGAUUCGUUUUAUGAUAGUGACAAUGCUGAGCAGGAUCAACCGAUGUCUGAAUCUUCGCCAGCGCCUAAGCAGGCUGAACCUCCUAGUGGAGAAUUUACAGCGGAUAGUGACGAAGAUGAAGAUUUUGAAGUCGAAGAGGAGCGCCAGAAAAUUGAGCAAAUUUCUCACGCCUGGGACGAUCCUAUUAAUGUGGAUUGGGGCGCAGAAGAAGCUGCAGCUACAACGGCUGAAGUUAGUUCCUCAUCAGCGCAACAAUCAGUUGGGCAAACCUUCAAGUGUACCGCACUGUAUUCAUACACCGCACAGAAUCCCGAUGAAUUGACCAUCGUUGAGAGUGAGCAGCUCGAAGUCGUUGGCGAAGGUGACGGAGAUGGAUGGCUACGGGCACGUAACUAUCGAGGAGAAGAAGGAUUCGUCCCACAUAACUAUUUGGACGUGGAAAGAGACACACCCGUUGAUACGCAUACUCCCGCACAACUCACAACACAGAUUUCGUUUUCAUCCGUCGAUUACACCGUGGACAAUGAAGAUCAGGAUCACAUGCAGGAUUCUGGUCAAUCACCCGAUCAGAUUUCGGUGAUUUCAGCCCCACGGAAGAUGGCAUACAUGUAUUGUAUUGCGUUGUACGAUUACGAUGCCACGGCUGAAGAUGAACUCACCUUCGAGGAAGGACAGAUUAUAAAACUAAUCACCAAAAGUCCCCAUGGUGUGGACGACGGAUGGUGGGAAGGUGAAUUGAACGGUAAAAUUGGAAACUUCCCCUCGCUAGUUGUGGAAGAGUGCGAUGAAAACGGUGAACCGUUGACCGAAGCCGAAGACGAAUCUCCGCCUCCAUCGGCUCCGCCAUCCUUUGCGGCACCAGCGGCUCCUCCGAUGGUUCUCCACGAAGCAACACCCCCAGAGGGUCAAAGCCCAAAUUCGGAUAUAAGGAGUUCUGUACCAGCUAUCGAUAGGUUCGAGUUUGAAAUGAACGAUGAUCAGCAUGAUAAGUACGGAGCACAGUUUUCGGCCCCACCCCCUUCACAACCUCCGCCAGUGGUGAUUUGUGAAGAACCAGAGAUCGAGGAGGAGGAAGAAGAGCAGGAAGCAUACCAAAACGAUACAGUAGCAGCUACUGCUAGUAGCGAGGCAGCAGUAGCUAGCGCUGGCAACGACUCAAACCAGCUCAGUUUCGCCCAAAUAAUCGUCACAGCAGCCACGCCAAUGCAUGAGGAGGCCAACAAACCGUUUCCCCCGCCACCAACGGAAGACGAAAUUAAUCAGGUGGAGGAUAAUCCGGUCGAAAUUAUAGAGAAACAAGAGCAGGAAACACAAGAGGUCUGCACUAAGGAUAAAACCAAGACGGAAACUCAACCAAAAGAGCAGCCUACUGUAAAACCGGUGACGAAACCGCCCACUCCUCCAAAGCCUACUAAACCAUGUUCGCCUCCGAAAGUUGUCAAAAUUGAAUCACCAUCGGAAAAACAUUCAACGGUGACUGGACCAAUUAAUACCAAUGAACCGAUUUAUGAAGCAGAUGAAGAAGAACCCAUAGCGGCUUCCCUGGAGGAUCCACCUGCUCCAUUCGAGGCAACUUUCGAAGCCAAUUUCGAAGCCAACUUCGCUGCCAAUUUCGAUGACGCAUUCGGUAAUAACCAGGCGGAGGUUCCCAAGCAAGUGAUCGGUGGAAGAGCCAGUAUACCCGAAGAGCUUGAGCCACACCAGUUAGCACGACUACAGAACCUGAAAGAAUCCAACGCAUAAUCCACAUCCGAUAGGAUAGAAAUCAUUGGCCAUUUUGUCGUUAAUCAGGUGGUGAUUAAGGUAAAAAUCCUCAAAAGCAGUAUUUGAGUACGGGGCGCUAACAUAAAAACUUCAAGAACAAACAUACUAACACGAAAUAUACUUUCAUAAGCAGAACUCAUGUUCACAUUCUAGUCGCACUACUAACUAGUGAUUCAGGAGGACGAACUUCCCUUGUCUACGCAUCUAUAGGCAUCGAAACACUACAAUAGUUCAAACUAAUGGUCGCAGUGGUUUAAGGCUCCUUCAGAAGAUAAACAUCGGAAUGCUAUCUAUUCUAGAUGCCUUCUUAUCGAGGAUUUCUACCAUGAUAUAUUUCGCCACACAAAUCAAAAUAACAAAGCUUCGUGAAGUAAUAGAUGACGUAAACUCAGAGGGUCUUUGAUAUUUAAAAUUUACUCAUAGCCUGAUUGAAUGUGAUGUCCUAAACAUUGCACAAUACUCAAUAAUCGCAAAUCAUCGUUGAGAUUUCGAGGUAUUAUUAGCAUAAUUGUUCAGAGUGUCGUGUAAAAAUUUCACUAACAGAGGAUGAAAAUGAUUUACAUUUUGUAGUUACCAAUUUUUGUACAGUGACUGCGUUCAAGAGCAUGUCCAUGCCAGACUUUCAUCAUCAAACAUCGAACCCUUGUUUAAAAAGGCAUCGCUAAGAAUAAUUAUUCAGUAUAGUGGUAUGUGGCGGUGAAAUUUUCGUGAAUGAGCCAUCCAAUUCAGUAAAAAAUGUCAACCCAUUUUAGCAUAGAGCCAACGUUUUGCGUUUUGAUACUCAGUUGUUUCCCAUGAAUUAAAAUCAUCUAAAAAACGUUGCUUGAUCACAGAUUGAUUCAACAUUUUGGCAGAAUGGAACUGAUUUCAUUUUUAAGGGGUGGAACUAUACAGUAUAUCGCAAUUAAAGCAUCUAUUACGUGAACAAUAAACAAGCAAGUACUAAAUCAUUAAACAAAAUCUUUAAAACGAAAGCAGUGGUAGCAAAUUAUUACUAAAUAGACUAUUCUGAAAUGUUAAACACACACAAGCUAUUGCCUAUAGUAAGUAGAUUAAUAAUUAUUUGUUAACAAAAAUCAUCUAUAUGCGCAAUCUAUAAUACGAUAUUGAAUAUAUAUGUAUAACGCGAGCUCUUGAUUCCUUUAAACUAGAAAACACCCCUGAAAACUAGAAUUAAAGGUGAUUAUUUUGUUAUGUUUUCCCAUAAAAUAUUGCUAUUAUCUUCUUGCUUUCGAAUAAUCCUAAAAGAUACAAAAGAUGCCGCUUUGAAAACAGCCUCAAAUCAACAAAUAAGUUCUAGUCAUAUUUACGUGUAUUUAGAAUAAUGCUAAGGCUAGGUCUCUACUAGGAAGAAAUCCAGAAGUUCAAGGUGAACACAAUUUGUUUAGAUUCGUUUUCAUCUCGGAGUAUAUUCCCCAUGUUGGGCCCUUUCAAUUUGUUCCUAAUGGAAACCUUCCUCAAAAAACAAUUUAGUGCUCUAUACAACACCACACGUUUAUUACAGCGAUAAUUGUUUGAUGUUGCGGGAAAAUGAACAACUAAAUAAAUGGAUCUAGGCAGUGGCGUAGAGUAGGGCGUUGGGGGCGGUCCGCGGUGACCAUUAUAAGUAUAUUAUGAAACAAUUCAAAAAUAGUUUUCCAAUAUUUUGAAUGAAUGUCGCCCGUCAGUGAUUGGCGGUAUUAUUCAGUGAAGAACUUCUCUCUGAUUUGAGUAACGAUUUCCUUCAUAAAUGGAGAAUGACGGUUUGAAUUUCAUUAUGAGCCUUUCGACAUCUUUCGACAACACUCUAACCACGUCAAGGUCAAGCGAAGGAGUUCAGGUUUGGUUGAUGAAGCAAAACAAGAAAGCGUUAUUAAUGGGGUUUGUAGACCAGGAUUAGACGAUCAUGGAUCGAUAUUUAGAAGAUCGAUCUUUUUUUCUCCGAUUUCUGACUUUUAAAUCGAUUCUUUGUACUCCAAAAAACGCGAGAAUCGAUCAGGUUGAUUGCAGAAAAAAAAUUCAGUGAACAUUGAUAUCAAUCUUACAAAAAACCACUCGACAGUUUUCAUAAACAUUAGGUACUUUUCAAGGUUGUUAAAUUAGUGGCCAUUCAAAAGGCUUGUUUAAAAAUCCACGACGAUUAAUUUGCUUUUGGAAGAGAAUUCGGAAUAUGACAAGUAAGCUGGAUGAAAGACCCUCCGGACCCGGGCUAACAAUUGAGGAGGAAAAUAGAGUGGAAAUGUAGGAGUGCAUAGAUCGCUUUCACCGAGAAAUUCAAGAGUGGUCAAAAUCUUCUGAAAAAAUAGCCGAAAUUGUUGGAGCAAUACAAGCUGGACACAUAUUGUCAGCAUCUGACAGUGAACUGAAAAUUUGGCUCUCUAACUGGAAAAUUUCUAUGACGUAGUUUCGGAAAGCGAGGAUUUAGUGUGAUACCAAAAUCCUAUCGUUGCUAAAAUUUAACUGGACGAGCUUUUCGUUAGAAAAACGUUGAUGGGACUAACAGUUACAAAAUAGGGAAAUAUAAAACAAAAAAUGUUUGUAUUCGGGUGUUUUACAACUACUACUACUUUCUAUGACUACUUUCUAGUCGAAUUUCUGACUAUGUUAUUUUUAUACAAUAAAUACUUACGUGAGCUGGGACCGAUGCUGAUAUUUCGCAGAUGCUCUUGAUGCGAGCUGAAUGGCAAGCAUGGCUGCAUAGCUUUUAGUAACCAUUCCCGUUUUGUGGCAUCUUGUGAAAGAUGUUUUUCAAACUUGAAAUUAAUUGAAAUUUUUUUGCGCUCAACGAUGGGAUAGCCACGUCUCAAUGGAUUGGCGGUGUUGUCAAUUUUGUCAAAUUUGCUGAUUGAUUUCUUGUUCUAAUAUUAUAAUAAACCCAUAGCACCCGCCCCGGAUGUCACCCGGUCACGCUACGCCACUGGAUCUAGGUACUAAAGGCAAUCCAAUUCCAUUGUACACAAUGCCCCGACUCGAUGUACGUGAGCAGAAAUCAACCACGCGGGCAUACAUCUUUCGAAUAUAUCUAAUGCGAAUGCUAUGACUAAUAACAUUGAGUGAGGAGCAAUUAUACAAAAAAAAAAAACGUUUAGAUAACAACGUUUUGUUCUAAAGUUAGGUUAUAUCGCAUAGGUAGAGUACCUAUGUUACGCUCUGAUAGAUCAUCUGUUAUACUUAUUAAUCCUAUUGUAUUUGAUUCCACCGAUUGCGGAGAAGAGGUAAAAAAUAAAGUGCAAUGAAAGUUCAGUCAUUCGCAAUUAGGU